AUGGGCAAGGACCAGGAGCUGGUGCAGGCGGUGAAGGCGGAGGACAUCGCGGCUGUGCAGAAGCUGCUGCAGAGGCCCAAGCCCGGCAAAGCCAAACUCCUCGGAUCAGCAAAGAAAGUCAAUGUCAACUUUCAAGACACCGACGGGUUCUCAGCUCUGCACCAUGCGGCACUCAACGGCAACACGGAGCUCAUCUCACUGCUGCUGGAGGCACAGGCUGCAGUGGACAUCAAGGACAACAAAGGAAUGCGGCCCCUGCACUAUGCAGCUUGGCAAGGCAAGAAGGAGCCCAUGAAGAUGGUGCUGAAAGCAGGUUCCUCUGUGAACAUCCCAUCGGAUGAGGGGCAAAUCCCCCUGCACCUGGCAGCGCAGCAUGGGCACUAUGAUGUGUCGGAGAUGCUGCUGCAGCACCAAUCCAACCCCUGCAUCAUGGACAAUUCGGGGAAGACACCCCUGGACCUGGCAUGCGAGUUCGGCCGGGUUGGGGUGGUCCAACUGCUCCUGAACAGCAACAUGUGCGCGGCACUGCUGGAGCCCAAGCCGGGCGACACCACCGACCCCAACGGCACCAGCCCCCUCCACCUCGCCGCCAAGAACGGCCACAUCGACAUCAUCCGGCUCCUGUUGCAGGCUGGCAUUGACAUCAACCGACAAACCAAGGCAGGCACAGCACUGCAUGAGGCAGCUCUCUGCGGCAAGACGGAUGUGGUGCGACUGCUGCUGGAUAGCGGAAUCAAUGCCCAUGUCAGGAACACCUACAACCAGACAGCUCUGGACAUCGUCAACCAGUUCACCACCAGCCAAGCCAGCAAGGAGAUAAAGCAGAUGCUGCGGGAAGCCUCGGCCGCGCUGCAGGUCCGGGCUGUCAAGGAUUACUGCAACAACUACGACUUGACCAGCCUCAACGUGAGAGCUGGGGACAUCAUCACUGUGCUGGAGCAGCACGCAGAUGGGCGCUGGAAGGGCUGCAUCCACGACAACCGGACUGGCAACGACCGCGUGGGUUACUUCCCCUCCAGCCUGGUGGAGGCCAUAAGCAAACGAACAGGCAAAUAAUCCUGGCCCCCUCCACCUCCACCUCUUUCAUGGGGAUGCUCCCAAACCUGCACCCCACAGGCGCCCGCUGAGGAGAUCUGGGUGCUGCGGAAACCCUUCGCAGGUGGUGACCGCAGCAGCCUGGGCAGCACGGGCAGCAUGGCCUCUGCCCGCAGCUCAGGGAGUGGGCAGAGCGCAGGCAGCGGGGCACAUGCCCUGCAUGCUGGCUCUGAAGGUGUCAAGCUGCUGGCAACGGUUCUCUCCCAGAAGGCUUCUGCGCAAGAGUCCUCCGUGGGCGAUGGGCCGGCCAAGGCGCAGGACAUCCCCGCAGGUUCAGCGCGAUCACAGAGCGUGGCCAGCUCCCCGUAUGCCACUCAGCCCCCUGCUGAGCCCCAGCUGAAGAAGAUGGAGCCACCAUCGGAGGGGAAGAGCUCAGAGGCCGUGUACCAGUGGCUCUGCAAGUUCCAGCUGCAGCUCUAUGCACCCAACUUCCUCAACGCUGGCUACGACAUCACCACCAUCAGCCGGAUGACGCCCGAGGACCUGACAGCCAUUGGUGUCACCAAGCCAGGGCACAGGAAGAAGAUUGCCUCUGAGAUCAACAACCUCAGCAUCCCCGAGUGGCUGCCUGAGUACAAGCCGGCCAACCUGGCGCUGUGGCUCUCCAUGAUUGGCCUGUCCCAGUACUACAAGGUACUGGUGGAGAAUGGCUACGAGAACAUCGACUUCAUCACUGACAUCACCUGGGAAGACCUGCAGGAGAUUGGCAUCACCAAAUUGGGCCACCAGAAGAAGCUGAUGCUGGCAGUGAAGAAGCUGGCAGAGCUGCAGCGCGCAGAGCUGGGCAAGUACGAGAAGGGCACACUGAAGAGGAAGGGGGCAGCAGGCCCAGAGGUGCUGACCAUUGAGUCCCCGCCACCAGAGCCACCCGAGUGCCAGUCACCCAAGAUGACCACCUUCCAGGACAGUGAGCUCAGCAGCGAGCUGCAGGUGGCCAUGACAGGCGAAGCCCCUGAGGAGCCCCCCGAGAAAGUGGCAAACUCUGCAGCCCCUGGCCACCGCUCACCACCAGGGCUGGGUGGCCGUGCCAGGCUGAUGAGUAGCUCACAGGAGCUGCUGGGGGAUGGCCCGCAGGCAUCUUCGGCCACUGCCAUCUCCAAGAGUCAGGAGUACCUGGCAGAGGGGGCUGGUGAGGGCACACCUGCACCACCCAAGGAGGGGCAUCCACCUCGUCAUGGACACCCUGUGAAGCGUGCCAGUGUGCCACCAGUGCCUGGCAAACCGCGGCAGCCUUUCCCGCCUGCCGCCGGGCAGCUAACACCACCACCAACCCCUGGCAAGCCACGGCCCCCUUCACCACAGGGCCCAUUGGUGCCCCACGCCACUGCCAAGGUGAAGCCCACUCCGCAGCUGCUGCCACCAGGUGAGCGUCCUGCCUCACCCCGCUCCCUGCCACAGUCGCCCACCCACCGCGGCUUCGCCUACGUCCUGCCACAGCCUGUUGAGGGUGAGGGGACACCUAUGGGGUUACCUGUCCUGCCUGUGUCAGUGCCAGUGCUGUGCCUACCGCCAGCAGGCGAGGGUGAGGAGGAGCCAGGGAGGCCAAAGAAGCGGGCACACAGCCUGAACCGCUACGCUGCUUCCGACAGUGAGCAGGAGCGAGACGAGCUGCUAGUGCCUGACGCAGGGCCCUAUGCCACUGUCCAGCGGCGUGUGGGCCGCAGCCACUCGGUGCGGGCACCUGCCGGUGGCGACAAGAACGUCAACCGCAGCCAGUCCUUUGCUGUCCGUCCCAAGAAGAAGGGCCCUCCACCGCCCCCUCCCAAACGCUCCAGCUCUGCCAUCUCCAGUGCUGGCAUGGCCGAGGACUUCCCCAAGGAGGGUGACAGUGAGGUGGCUGCAGGGUCACCCACCACCGAGGAGAGCUGUCAGGAGCAGCGACAUGGCAGUGACCUGGGUGGCAGUGUGGACACGGGCAGUGCCGGCAGUGUACGCAGCAUUGCCGCCAUGCUGGAGAUGUCCUCCAUAGGUGGUGGUGCCCGGGCGCUGGCACUGCAGAAGCCACACGUGGGUGGUGGGCCAGGGCCAACCAAGGCGCCCGAUGGCUAUUACCUGCAGCCGGGUGCUCCUGCGGGCAGCCCUGAGCGUGCCCGUGUGGCCACCGUCCUGGCCACUGUCAAGCACAAAGAGGCCAUAGGGCUGGAUGGGGAGGUGGUGAACCGGCGCCGGACCAUCAGUGGUCCUGUCACCGGGCUGGUGGCCGCCGCUCGCCGGGAGCGAGCCGACAGCGUGCGGUCGGGACCGGGUGUCGACGGCCCCGGUGAGCGGCUGCGGGUCGAGCGCGGUGGCUCCCCUGAUGGCAUCCCCUUUGCUGAGGAGGGCAACCUCACCAUCAAGCAGCGACCGCGGGCCCUGGGAGAGGGGCUGUCCCCGACCCACCGCCAGGGGGACCUGGCCAAGGUGGAGGCCAGCGCCACGCUCAAGCGGCGGAUCCGGGCCAGGCAGAGCCAACAGGACGGCGUCCGCUUUGUCCUCACCGAGUCUGACACCGUCAAGCGCCGGCCCAAGGCCAAGGAGAAGGAGCCGGCGCUGGAACCGGCCCCGCUCAUUGUCUACCAGAACGGCAUCGGCACUGUCAAGCGGCGCCCAGGCUCCGAGCUAAGCGGGGCUGAACCACUCUCCACCCCACCGCCUGCCGCCGGCCCCGACUACACCCCGGCGCCUGCCGAGCCCAAGAAGCCCUUCAAGCCACCGGUAUCUCCCAAGCCCGUGCUGACGCCACCGCCCCAGAAGGUCCCUGGGCAACCAGCACCCACCCCCAAAAAGGUGCCCAUCCCAAGCCCUGGCAGCCCAGAGGUGAAGCGGGUCCAUGGCACGCCACCCCCAGUGUCGCCCAAGCCCACGCCACCCCCCACGGCACCCAAGCCCCCCAAGCCCCACGCUGCCAUGCAGUCGGUGAGCGCCAGUUCCACGCCGGCCCCGUCCCCUGCCAGGCAGCUAGGUGCCACCACUGCCACCAAGCCAUCCAGCACGCCCCCGUCGCUCUGCUCCAGCCCCGCCAAGCCUCUCUCGCCUGGCACCCAGCCCCAGCAGGUGCCGGUGAAGCCGCCACGCUCGGCCAUCGCCGGCCCCUCCCUUGAUGCCGCUGGCCCCGAGCUGGCCCAGCAGAAGCUGGAGGAGACCAGCGCCUCCCUGGCUGCUGCGCUGCAGGCUGUGGAGGAGAAGAUCAAGCAGGAGGACAAUCAGGUGGCAGACUCGGCCGUGGAAUCAAAGAGCACCGUGAGCAUUCUGGAUGACAUUGGCAGCAUGUUUGAUGACCUGGCAGACCAGCUGGAUGCCAUGCUGGAGUGA